UUUUUUUUUUUAAUAUUGAAAUUGUGAUGAAGUUUUGAGGUUUUUGAUAAAGUUCGAAUUUUUAGGGGGUUUGGAUUUGAGAUUCAAGGUUAGGUUGGUUGAAGAGUUGAUGGCGGCCGAAGGUGAGGAGGAAGUUGAUUAUGAGAGUGAUCCAGAGGAGGCGUUGUUGCCCUUGACGAUGCGGAGGAGGGAAGCGAGUGAUGAUGAAGAAGGAGAUGAAGAGGAGAUAGAGAAGUCUCCCAGGAAUGAUCCGAGGUCUGUGAUCGGUUCGGAUGGUGAAUCGGAGGGUGAAGGUGGAGCACCUGGAUAUGAUGAUGAAGAAUCUGAGAUAGAAGAAGAGGAAGAGGAGGAGGAGGAAGAAGAAGUUGAAGAAGUGGACGAGGGAGAAAGGGAGUUUGAGGAGAGAGUAAGUGAGGGGAGAGCUGAUGUUGAUGCCGGUGAAGUCGAGGUUCAGGUUGCAGCGCCGGGUUCUGGUGGAGACGGCGGGCAAUCAAGCGGAGAACCAAACGAAUUUCAAAGUGAGAAUCAAAAUCAGGCGGAAGAUGAGAGGAAGGAGAACGAGCCAUUUGCUGUGCCGACUGCUGGUGCUUUUUACAUGCAUGAUGACCGGUUCAGAGACAGUGGUAGUGGUCGACACAGGCGCACUCCUGGUGGGCGGAAGUUGUGGGAAUCAAAAGAUGACCGGAAGUGGGGGCAUGAUAAGUUUGAAGAGAUGAAUUUACAGGAAAUACACUAUGAAGGGGAGAGGAGGAAAUCUAAAAGUCAUUAUAGAGGUCCUGGGAAGAACCGAGGUACGGACCAUGGGAAUGCAAGAGGAACUAGGUCUAGAGGUUACAGCAACAGUAACAAUCAAAACCAUUCUUCUAAGUCGGUGAGAGGAAGAGGGCCCAGAAGGUAUGAACCUCCUGCAAAGUACAACAGUGAGCCUCCAACAAAUCAAAACAAACAAUCUGGGAAGGUUAUUGAGACAGCUUCAAAUGCUAGUUCAGGGAGGGUACACACAAGCACUAAAAAUUUACAAUCAGAUCGAGUUCCUCCCAGGAAAAAUGCUUUCGCAUCAAGUUUGAAUUCUGCUUCUCCUCCAUUUUAUCCAUCUGGCUCGUCCAAUCAAGAUAUCCCUAUGCCACAGAAGAGGGAUGUACAAUCUGGAAAUGGCAAUAGGAAUCUUUCACCUUCUGGAAUGGAGGAUAACUAUUCUAGACCCCAUUCCAAUUCAUACCGAGGAAAAAACGUGGGCAAUCCUAUUGGCUUGGACAGGCUCUAUGUUGGUGAGUCUAUUCGUCCAGUUUCUGGGAAGCAAUUAACUAAUCUGCAGCUGCAGGCUUCUGGAACCUCACCCAUUAUUACAACUCAGUCGCCUCAGUCCAGGGCCCAGGGAAGGGGUUUAGCUAUGCCAGGACAGCUUAGUUAUCAGCCAACUUCACCUCUUAACCAAGUUAAUAGAGUUACUGCAGAGGCACUACCCUCUUUUUUUAAGCCAAGGCCUGUUCAAAUUCCAUCGCAACCUUUGCGAGCUUCUACUCAGCAUUUGGGUCAGCGUCCAGGUACUGGAUCUCAAGCCUCUUCUCCACCUAUAGCUCCAUCAAGAAAUUCUCCUGAACCUGGAGAAUCAGAAUCUCCUCCAAGCUCAAGUAAGUCCAAGACUGCUUUGGUUGGAAAAGGGAAAGGCAACAUUCAAGGCAGCGGAAGGGGUUCUUUUCUGUACAAUGGGACUCAGGUUAUUGGAGCCACUGGGUCGAUGGGCGUUGCUCAUGGUGAUCAAAACUUUCCUGCCACUCCAGCACUUUUGCCUGUUAUGCAAUUUGGAGGACAGCAUCCUGGUGGUCUUGGAGUUCCUGCUGUCGGUAUGGCACUUCCUGGAUAUGUUGCACAGCCACAACUUGGUUUUGGAAAUUCUGAGAUGACAUGGGUACCAGUCUUGGCGGGUGCUGCAGCAGGGGCUUUGGGGGCUACAUAUUAUGCUGUCGAUGGUGGUUAUUAUGCUCGUCAAUCAGGGCAGACAUCUUCCAUGGGUUCAUCUGGCAAAGAAACAAGUUCAAACAAACCUAAUAAUGUGUGGAAGUCUCCCCCAAAACCUGAGCUUGUAAAUGAUGAAUUUGGGCAACGUCAAAACAAGCCUCGUAGAUAUUCAGAGAUGAACUUUGGCCAGUGAAGUACAUAGAUAAGAUUCGAGUGUAUUUGAAUAAGCACCUAAGGCCUUCUCCUAGUCCUUUGUGAUCUCCAUCUUUUGUUUUGGAGCACUUUGGGGAGUAACAUGUCCGAAGAUAUGCUAGUUAUUAACAAACGCCUGCUCAUGCUGCGGUUGAUUUCAGAAGAGCAUUGCGGCUUGACAGGUGGCAGUUCCUUGUUCAAAGUGCGGUAUGAUAUGUAACAAAAAUCUCAAGUUUUUUCAUGAGCAUAUUGUGUAGGGUUAUCACAUUCCUCAAUGGUUCCGCUGAUUUUGUCCAGGUUCUGUGGCUUGCUGGUUUUUUUUUUGUCUGUGAAGCUUGUGAGAAAUAGUAGCGGGCUUCUUCAAAAAUGAUAAUAGAAGGGAAAAACUGAAAGAAGAUAAUAAAAAGAAGAAGAAAAAAAAAGAAUUGCAGUUAUUGCUUAGUGAAGUAAUUGUUAGAUUGCUCCAUCUAUGUCUUGAUGAUAUUUGUUGAUCUAUGCAUAUUAAUUAUGGUUGGCUAUUUGGUUA